GACACAGUGAGGCUACAAUUAAUGGGCACAGUGAGUCUGCAUAUGACGUGCACAGUGAGGCUACAUUUGAUGAAAUAGACACUUGGAUUUGGCAGCCAUACCUAUCUUAUAAACUUACCCUGAUUCUCAUUUGACUCAUAGGUACUGAUCAUUGUGGAAUUUGUUUUUCAAAAUGAAUGACAAUUCAGUUCUAUCUUUGAAGCAAGUGCCCUUCACAAGGCGUUCAGAUGAUGAAAAAAAAAGGAUAAAGGAGCUUGGACCACAUCAACCCAAAUUGCAAAUCCAGCAGAGGUCAAGUGAUCGUGGUCGAGUUUACACUCGAAGCUUUUCCCCCACUUCAUAUAACAAAUGGAGUUGGCUAGCUGGAUGUGAUGUGACAAAUGCCUAUUAUUGCUUCCCCUGUUUGCUUUUUCGAAGUCAUGGUACUGACACGUUGUGGGUAUCAACAGGAAUUUGCGACCUAAAGCAUCUCACUGAAAAGUGCAAGCGGCAUGAAAUGACGAAAAGCCAUCUUGACAACUUCAUGAGGCUUGAGUUUUUUGGGAAGCGUAGCAUUGGCGAACAGCUAGAUGCAGGCUACAGAAUUGGCAUUAGAAAACACAAUGAAGAGGUCACAAAAAAUCGUCACAUCCUGUCUAGAAUAAUAGACUGCGUAAAAUUUUGUGGUGCAUUUGAACUGGCUUUGCGUGGCCAUGAUGAAAGCGAGAGAUCAGAGAAUCCUGGGAUAUUCCGUGGCUUGGUGGAUUUUGUUGCUUCUCUUGAUGGAGUUUUGCAAGAGCACCUUGAGAAUGCCACUGUUUUCAAGGGAACUUCAAAAACUGUGCAGAACGAGCUUUUGGACUGUAUGUUGUCUGUUGUGAGGGAGCACAUUAUCCAAGAAGCACGGAGCAGCGAUUUCAUCUCAAUCCAGGCCGACGAGACCACCGAUAUUGCCACACAGUGCCAACUUGUGAUUGUACUGCGCUACAUUGAUGCCAACAACAACGUACAGGAGAGGUUUUUGGAGUUUAUUCCUCUGCAAUCUACUACAGCAGAUUCCAUCGCUACAGCACUACAAGAGCGCCUUGCUGUCAUCCUUCCAGAGGAUCAGAAACAUAAGCUGAUCUCCCAAGCUUAUGAUGGAGCGAGUGUGAUGAGGGGUGCCACUGCAGGUGUUCAGAAGAAGAUACAAGAUGUGUACCCAAAUGCCCAUUAUAUCCACUGCUAUGCACAUCAGCUGAACCUAAUAAUGCAACAAGCCACUUCUCAAAUUCCCAAAGUGAGACUAUUUUUUGCAAACCUUGGAGGAUUUGCCAGCUUUUUUUCAAGAUCACCCAAGCGCACAGAUGUGCUUGAUAAAAUAGUUGCUCAUAGACUACCGACAUCAAGCAGUGUCAGAUGGAACUUCCACAGCCGUGCUGUCAAUACGGUGUUUGAGCACAGAGAGGACCUCAUCCGCUGUUUUGAAGAAAUCCGAGACUCAGGUGACUUUGACCCUGUUACCAUGAGAGAGGCAGCAGGCUUUGUCGCGAUGCUGGAGGAUCGGGAUUUUAAAUAUUUCCUGACGCUUUUCCACACCAUCAUGCCCCAUGUGGACUUCCUCUAUGCCAAACUCCAGAAGAAGGACAUAGAUUCAGUCCACAUUAAGGGGAGCAUCGAGCAGUUCCAGAAGGACGUUAUGAAGAUCAGAGAUUCUAUCCCAUCCCUGGUUGACCAAAGCAUUCAAGGUGGUUCUCAACAGAGGAGGCGGCGCUCGCUGAAUCUGGGAGAACAUAAACGCAUUGCAUCUGAGGUCUGUGAUACCAUACUCUUGCACACCAUGCAACGUUUCUCCUUCACAAACCACCUUGUUAGUGCCACCUUGCUUCAAGCAGACAAGUUUGAACAGUACGCAAUGGAGUUUCCGGAGGAUGCACUCAGUAAGACUUUGAAGGCCUAUCCACUGCUCAAUAAAAGCAAGUUAAAGACAGAGCUUAGUCUCAUCUACCGCACAGACGAGUUCAGAAAAUGUAAUGGUGCUGUGGACCUACUUCAGCUGUUUAUGGAGAACAAUCUAAAAAAAGGAUUUAGAGAGACUGUCACUCUUCUGAAGAUCCUGAUCACCACACCCAUGACCACAGCAGAAGCUGAGAGGUGCUUCUCAACCUUAAAAAGGAUAAAGACUUUUUUGAGAAAUUGCAUGACCCAGGAAAGGCUGAAUGCAUUGGCCAUGCUGUCCAUGGAAAAGAGAGUGGUGACAGAGAUGACUGAUUUCAACCAGAAGGUCAUUGAAAAAUUUGCAAGCCAGAAAGAGAGGCGAGCAAAUUUUUUUUUCAAAUAAUUAUACUGGUGCGAAUGUGAAUGUGGCAUUCAUUUGUAUUUAGUCACCUUUACUUUAAGAUUUUUUUGGUUGCUGUUUGUUGUGCAAUAAAGUUUGUUUACUGUUUUAAAAAAAUUCACUGAUUCCUGCUAAAUUUAUUGCAUUAUUUAACAGUUGACUUAAACAUUAAGGUUUUCUAUAUUUUAUCUAGCAGGAAUGACACAUAAUCACCUGCUAAAUGCAAAUUUAGAGUCCUUCAUUACUAUCGGUGUAAUUUUUCAGUUUGUUUGUGCCGAUCUGUAAGGCUGUACU